UAUCGUGUACGCCGUCAUCCUUUCGUCAUCAAAGAGCAGCGUAUUUGCCUUCGAGCGACUCCCAUUCUCACACGGUCUCAUGAAUGCUUGUGUUCCUCACAACUCCACCAAGUCUUUGAGCAGACUCCUGCAGUUGUCGACCCUCACCCCUCUCCGUAUCAAUAGCUCGGAUUGCCAUUCGGUGGCUGGAGGAGCAGCCAGCGAACCCCUCGCCUCCCUCCAAUGUGGGCGGCUCUUGCAGUCACUGACCAACUCCAGGUCGUUGGGCCAAGGCCGACGGCUCCACGCCCACAUGGUCGCCUCCGGCGUCCUCCUCGACAACACCUACCUCAGCACCAAGCUCUGCGCUAUGUACUCCGCCUGCGGCUGCGUGCGCGAAGCCCGGGUCAUCUUCGACGGAAUCGUCCUCAAGAGCUCGUUCCUGUGGAACGUGAUGAUCCGGGGCUGCGCCUGCGGUGGGUCGCCGCUCGAGUCGCUUCUCUUGUACCGUGAGAUGUUGAAGUUUGGCAGAAGGUCGGAUAACUUCACGUACCCGUUUGUGCUGAUGGCAUGCGGUGAUAUAUGCCUUGUUGAGGUCGGAAGAAGAGUGCAUUCUGAAAUAAUUGUUUGUGGGUAUGAGUCCGACGUCUUCGUGGCCAAUUCUCUUCUGUCGAUGUAUUCCAAGUUCGGACAGAUGGAGAUCGCUCAGAAGUUGUUCGACAGAAUGCCUGUUAAAGAUUUAACUUCUUGGAACACGAUGAUUUCAGGUUAUGCAAGGAAUAAUGAUCCGGCGACGUCUCUGUCGCUCUUUGCUGAUAGGCCUCUCACCGGAAGUCGGCUGGAUGAGGCGAGUCUUCUGGGUGUACUGCCUGCUUGUGCAGAUUUGAUGGCCCUGAAGCAAGGGAUGGAGAUUCAUGCCUGCAUUCUUCGUAGUGGCAUGGAAAUCAAUGGUUUUUUGGUUAAUGCUCUGAUCGAUGUCUAUGCCAACUCCAAAUUCAUCGUAGGUGCCUGGCGUUUGUUCAAGAACAUGUGCAGGAAAGAUACUGUCUCAUGGAACUCCAUGAUUUCUGGUUUUGCUAGACAUGGUGAUGCUGCUGAAAGCCUGAGUCUUUUUCGUCGAAUGAACUUAGAGGGCGUAGUCCCUGAUGCAGUAACUCUUAUAGCAGUGCUCGGAGCAUGUGAUCGGGUCGGAGCCAUGCGAUUUGGAACAAGCCUUCAUGCUUAUCUCAUUGGAAAAGGGUUCGAAAACAGGGUGACUGUGGGGACUGCACUUGUAGACAUGUACGCCAAGUGUGGUAGCCUGGAGUGUUCUCGUCAAGUUUUCGACGAAAUGCCAGUGAAAAAUUUUGUUUCCUGGAGCGCAAUGAUUUCAGGGUAUGGACUCCAUGGAAGGGGAAGGGAGGCACUUGCUUGCUUUGAUGAGAUGAAAGCAAAGGGUAUCAGACCAGAUGAGAUCACCUUCGCAUCGGCUUUGUCAGCAUGUGGUCACACAGGACUGGUCCGUGAGGGUAGGGAGAUCUUCUACCAAAUGUCAAAGGCAUACUGCUUGAAGCCUAAGGUUGAUCACUAUUCCUGUGUGGUGGAUAUUCUUGGAAGGGCUGGGGACUUGGAAGGAGCAUACAAAUUCAUCAUGAACAUGGAUGCAAAGCUGAUAGCUGAUGUUUGGGUAGCACUUCUUUCUGCUUGCAGGAUUCAUCACAAUGUUGAGCUGGCUGAGAUUGCUGCUAGGAAUAUUAUCAGUCUAAAACCUGAACACAUUGGUCCUUAUGUCACCCUCUCUAGUUUGUAUGCUGCCGAUAAAAGGUGGAGUGAUGUGGAAAGGAUCAGAGGUUUGGCAAGACUAAAUGGACUGAAGAAACCACCAGGUUGCAGCUUUGUUGAGUCAGAUAUCAUGAUCUACAGGUCUCUAGUAGGGGACAAUUCACAUCCUUAAUCCAAGCACACAUAUCAAGUUACAUGAAUGAAGACAACUGCUGAAAGAAGCUGGUAUGUCCCAGAUAUCAGAUAUGUUUGCUAUAUACCAGUUACUUGGAAGUUGGAACCACUACUUGCAUGAUGAACAUCUGUGUUUCUGGUGAUUCACAUUUCACAAUGCUACAGAGCUAAUUUCCUAACUUCCAAAGAAAUUAUUAUAAGAGGAAGGAUCUUAUUUAUCUUAUCUUCUUGAUUGCUCAACCUAGGAAGUCUCGGAGGCCUCAUCACUGAACAUAACUAGGUUGAUGUUCGUCACGGAUCCACUGCAGGAAGGAUCUUAUUUAUCUUAUCUUCUUGAUUGCUCAACCUAGGAAGUCUCGGAGGCCUCAUCACUGAACAUAUCAGUGACUGGAUCAAAUGGAUAUGGCUCCAAGGGCUCUGUUGCUUCAAGGAUCUUCUCGAUCGGUAUCUCUGGUUUCGAUCUUUUCAUAGGUGUGAUGGGCUUGAAGAAAUUCUGUGAAUCCGGGCAAUAAUCCUGAAACAAACAACAGUGGGUUUAUGAUACAAGACACACGAAGAACAUGCAUCUGACUCCAGGAGAAGAACCUCAAAUUACCUGAUCAGCAUGCAUUUUCUUCACGAACAAUUUAAAUAUCACCCAGUUUUCGCUCUCCAGCAGAACAUCCGAGAGUCGGAGAUAUGUCAAUGCAGAAAUCCUCACUUUGGGAGGGCCGUUCGGAUUGAUCCCAUUCGGCCUCGCGUUCCUCAGCAUUACAUUGUAUGCUGCCGUGUCAUACCGAUUCAGUGCAUUCUCGCAGGCUACUUCGAUCCCCUCCCUCCAUGCCGCACUCAGCACCUGGCAAUAUCUCUCGGGUUAGUCCAACUCCUGUGCCCUGCUGCAGUCUGCAAGGAAUGUUACGCUUCGUAGCUUACCUGCUGCACGAGCUCCUCAGGCCGACUCUUGGCUUCUUCGGGUUGCUCGGAGUCUCUCAUCUCGCCGCAGGUAAAGUUCAGAAUGGCAUCGUGCCUCGUCAGCUGCCGUGCAAUGGUUCUGUAGCCAUCUCGCACCUUCAAGUUGUAGUAGCCCGCGGUGAGCUCUGCUGCAUGGCUAUCGUCUUUGUACCACCAGUGAACACCAGACACCUGAUAUGGAUUCGUACAGCAUCAGGUAUCACUCGAAACAACGGCGAGAUCUUCAGUCAUGGACACAUACUUUGAUGGCAAGCUUCAGUUUGCAUCCGAGGAAAGCCUGGUUGGCCCGAUCAAGGAUCUGGUCUGCGUGCUUCAGCAACUUGUUGGAGUACCAAGUCAGGAAGAACUUCCCCUUCUCUGUGAGGUACGUCCCGUUCUCUGCAAAGAACUUUGUCUUCUCGGGGGUGUCAUUGUACUCACCUGCAUCAUCUGGCAACUUCCAAUCAGGAUGCCCUGCCUCGGCUACAGCUUGACGGAAAUCUGCCGUGACAUACUUGUCGUAGCACGGCAACAUCAUUUUUUGUCGAGGUCGAUGCAGAAAAAAGGUUCUCUGAUAUGAUUGAUGACAUUACAGAGAGCGUACCUGAAACUCCCCAAUGCCCGGGAAAUUCCAUCCCUCGACCUGUGGAUAGGAUGGGUACCUCAAUUCUCCGGCAGGGCCGAGGCCUACCUCUAUGUCCCUGAUGAGACAAGCGUGCAGGAAGUCCGCCAUGUUCUCUCUGAAGCUUUUCAUGAAGUCGCUGUAGAGCUGUCAUGGAAGAAGACCGAAGAUUGUGUUACAGAUACAGGAACAUUCUCAGCGUUCCAUUGUUUUCACGUGUACUUUCGAUGUUCUUUCUCUUAGUGCUGAUUAGAUCAGAGAUGGAGACGGUUUACGUGUUC